UCAAGAGAAGUUUCGCCGCUCCGGCCUCCGGUAGCUCUACACCACCGCGAUCUGUCCUGUCGUCCUCCAUUUGCGGCGGCGAUGGCGCUCUCCUCCCGGCCGCACCACCUUCUGCGCCCGCUCCUCCGCGGGUUCCACGCCUCCGCGCAGGCCCUGGCGCGGGCGGAGCCGCACGAGUUCUCCAAGCCUACCGGCUACUUGGGCAGCUGGGAGCCCGCGGAGGAGCCCCGGGAGGCGUGGGCGCAGCUGGACCGGCUGCGGAAGGGGUACGCGCGCGACGUGCGGCAGCUGCGGCGGGAGUACGCCUACGAGGUGCAGCUGAUGGAGGCUGAGCGGCAGCGGAAAGCCGAGGCGCGUGCCGAGGCCGCCCGCGUCGCUAACGAGGAGCGCAAGGCAGCCAAGGCCGCCGCCGCGCAGACGCGCGCGGCCGAGCGGCGCGCGUUCGAGGAGGACUUCCGCCAGGCCCUUAUGAAAGAAAGAGCUGAGAAGCUGGAGAGCUGGAGGAAAAAGGAGAAGCUCCGGGAGCAGAAGAAGGCGGAGCAGAAGGAGCUCUUGCGCAAGAAGAGCAGUGUGUGGCUUGCUGAAGAUAAACUUGAAGAUCAAAUACUCGAUGCUAUCAGGAAUACCACUCCUCUAUAAGGUUGAUUCUGCGAGGAAUCGUGCUGCUACUAUUCUGUCCUAAUUGGCGCCACUGCAAUCAACAUGCGAGAGAAGCGGGAUGUGAUGACUGAUGAGAAGGUGAACGUGAAAAGAAGAGGCAAAGGGCAAAAGCAAAAUGGUGCAAAAGCGCCGCAUGAUGCUUCCUUGAACCUUUGUUGUCACGCCGCGAGAGGAUCAUGAUUUCGCCCUCAGCCCUGUGCUCGCAUUCUCAAGAUAAGAUACGCACAACUGCUGUACCAUUUACACGCAGUCACUUCUCCAGUGGUAAACUUGCUUUUUUUUUUAUGAAACAGGUAAACUUGCAUCUUGCCUAUGGUCCACGGUUCCUUGUUCCACACCUGAAGCUAGAAAUAUUUUAGAACACUGGAAUUUCUGUAAAGGAUCGUACAGCUUGCAAACAAGUUCAGGCCUAUGUGCAAAAUGGGUACAUUUCCUA